GACCCCACUUUCUGUGCUUUUGGGGGCCGUGACUUGAAUCCCGGCAGUGCUCUUGUUUUUUCAUUAUCAUAACCACAACGCUACGGCCACAUACAUGGUUCUUGGUUACCUCCCAACCGCUAACUCUCCUUGUUUCUAAAUGGCCACUUAGAGUUGGUCUGGCGCCCGCGAGCUGGAGCCGGAGUCUUCCACAGUAACCCAUUUGGCACAGCCAGUCCCUUCCUGCGAUGGAACUUCCUCCUUUCCCAGUCUCUUCUCCUCCCACCACCUGGUUUCUCUAGGGAGGUCUUUGGCCUGAGCCUUGUUUCUUUGUGUUAGCUCAUUCUUCCAACUGAGGUUUGUUGAGCGGCAGCAGCCCAGCCCGACAAGCCCUGCUUGAGCCAUGGGGAAACUGCAGAAGAAGCUUCAACUUCUGCACCCAGAGCAGAUCUGCAGGCAGAUUUCUGGGAGAAAAAGCAAAGGCCAAGAACAGGAUCUCUUAAUGGGCAAAGCAGCUGUUGUCCCAUCUGCUACCUGAGAUGCCCCUGCGGAGGUUGCUCCCUCGCUCUAGAAUAACAGACCUCAGUCCAGUUGUCAAGGCUGAGUUUUGGAACCAGCCCCGAGAAGAAGAGCCCCCGCCGGGAGAGUAGGCCAUGCCAUCGGAAGGAGAUGGUCUUUUUGAAGAAGCAAUCAAACAGCAUGGAGCUUCUGUUUCUCAGUGGUGUGCUAGACACCCAGGGGGCCUUGUCAUCUGUGUAUAAUGGGUACAAGCUGCAUGACCACUUGGGUCAGAAACGGUGAUGUGAAGGAUGUGCCUGUUAGAACUGUUUUUCUCUCAGGCAUUUAGAGGGCAAAACCAGAGAGCAGGCAGUCUGUGUUGGCAGGCCGGUCAUCAAGGUAUGUGUGUCAUGCUUGUACAAACAGCUCCUCCCCCACCUCCUUGUCAGCACAGAUUUUGGGGCCUGCUGGACUCUCAGAGUUAGAGACUACUCAUUCCUGAGUCGCCCCCACCCCUAGUCUCCCCGGGGAAGGUACAGUAUUGGAUGAGAACACGGACAAACAGCUGUUCUUUCUAGAGCAAGACAAAUGUGAUCUCCAGGAACCUUAGCUGUCCGGAAGACAGAAUACAUUGAUCAUACAACAAGUGUUUUGACAAUUGGAAGAGAUUCUGUAAAGAUUCAGAAUAAGUUCAUGGACAAAGAGUGCACAUCUGAUUUUGCAAAGCAGCCAGCCUCCAGGCUCAUAACAGCAGGGUGAGGUCAGCCCAGGAGAGGAGUGAGGAGCUGCCGAGGAUCAGAGCCAGAGUCAUUCCCACUUAUUUCUAUGAGGAGCACAACAUCUCUGGCUCCUCAUUGCACCAGCCGCAGAUGCCAGGACCUAUGCGGGGCUACCACCUGUGACACCCUGGGCAUGGCUGACGUGGGCACCAUGUGCGAUCCCAAGAGAAGCUGCUCGGUCAUCGAGGAUGAUGGGCUUCCAUCAGCCUUCACCACUGCCCACGAGCUGGGCCAUGUAUUCAACAUGCCUCAUGACAACGUGAAGGUGUGCGAGGAGGUGUUUGGGAAGCUCAGAGCCAACCACAUGAUGUCUCCGACACUCAUCCAGAUUGAUCGUGCCAACCCCUGGUCAGCCUGCAGCGCUGCUAUUAUCACUGACUUCCUGGACAGCGGGCAUGGUGACUGCCUCCUGGACCAGCCCAGCAAGCCUAUCUCCCUGCCUGAGGACCUGCCUGGCACGAGCUACAGUUUGAGUCAGCAGUGCGAACUGGCCUUCGGGGUGGGCUCUAAGCCCUGUCCCUAUAUGCAGUACUGUACGAAACUGUGGUGCACUGGCAAGGCCAAGGGGCAGAUGGUGUGCCAGACCCGCCACUUCCCCUGGGCAGAUGGCACCAGCUGUGGUGAGAGCAAGUUCUGCCUCAAGGGAGCCUGCGUGGAGAGACAUAACCCAAACAAGUACCGGGUGGACGGCUCUUGGGCCAAGUGGGAGCCUUAUGGCUCCUGCUCUCGCACCUGCGGUGGGGGCGUGCAGCUGGCCCGGAGGCAAUGCAGCAACCCCACCCCUGCCAACGGUGGAAAGUACUGCGAGGGAGUGAGAGUGAAAUACCGAUCUUGCAACCUGGAGCCCUGCCCCAGCUCAGCCUCUGGCAAGAGCUUCCGGGAGGAGCAAUGUGAAGCUUUCAAUGGUUACAAUCAUAGCACCAACCGGCUCACCUUAGCUGUAGCGUGGGUACCCAAGUACUCAGGUGUAUCACCACGUGACAAAUGCAAGCUCAUCUGCCGAGCCAAUGGCACUGGCUACUUCUAUGUGCUAGCACCCAAGGUGGUAGAUGGCACCCUGUGUACUCCUGACUCCACCUCCGUCUGUGUCCAAGGCAAGUGCAUCAAGGCAGGUUGUGAUGGGAACCUGGGCUCCAAGAAGAAGUUUGACAAAUGCGGCGUGUGUGGUGGAGACAAUAAGAGCUGCAAGAGGGUCACAGGACUUUUCACCAAGCCUAUGCACGGCUACAAUUUUGUAGUGGCCAUCCCUGCGGGCGCCUCCAACAUUGAUAUCCGCCAGCGUGGCUACAAGGGGCUCAUUGGGGAUGACAACUACCUGGCGUUGAAGAAUAGCCAAGGCAAAUAUCUGCUCAAUGGACACUUCGUGGUGUCAGCUGUAGAACGUGACCUGGUGGUAAAGGGCAGUCUGCUACGGUACAGUGGCACUGGCACUGCGGUAGAGAGCCUACAGGCUUCUCGACCCAUCCUGGAGCCACUGACUGUGGAGGUCCUGUCUGUGGGUAAGAUGACGCCACCCCGGGUGCGCUACUCUUUCUAUCUGCCCAAAGAGCCUCGGGAGGACAAGUCUUCUCGCCCCAAGGACCCUCGGGGUUCCCCAGUGCUGCGCAACAGUGUUCUCAGCCUUUCCAACCAAGUGGAGCAGCCAGACAACAGGCCUCCUGCACGUUGGGUGGCAGGCAGCUGGGGGCCUUGCUCGGUGAGCUGUGGUAGUGGCCUACAGAAGCGAGCAGUGGACUGCCAGGGCUCCCCGGGGCAGCGAGGAGCCUCUGCUUGUGAUGAAACCCAUCGACCAGUGGAGAAACGAGCCUGUGGGGAACCCUGCCCAACCUGGGAGUUCGGCAACUGGUCACCCUGUUCUAAGAGCUGUGGCCGUGGAUUUAAGAGGCGUCCGCUCAAGUGUGUGGGCCAUGGAGGCAGGCUGCUGGCUCGGGACCAGUGUGACCUACGCCGCAAGCCACAGGAAUUGGACUUCUGUGUCUUGAGACCCUGCUGAGGGGACUGUCUUUUCCACUCCUUUAUUCUCCACCCGCUGUUGGGCUGGUACUGCGGUCAGCUGGAGCAGAGGAUGGUGACCAGUGGCUUGUGUCACAGUGUCACAUCCAGAACAAGGACCAUGGGUCUGGGCGAGAGGUUCCUUCCUCGGACUGGGCAGGGGGGAGCUAACUAAUGCAGUCUACCUCAUGCCCUGCUCCUCGGGGCCCAGUUGUGGGGAGAGGCUUCAACAGAUGGGUGCUGGGCAGAAGGUGCUGAAGCCCAGCUUCCGAGGAACCUGGAAGUUGGGUGCCUUCCAGGCAGAACUUCAGGGACCUUGGCCCCCCUAAUGGAGGCCACAGGCUGCUGGAAGAGCCAUGACCUGCAGCUUGGCACCCUCAGGUGAUCCCAGAGCUCUGAGCUAUCCCUGAACAAGGCAGGGCUCUCACGGUGCUUUCAGCCCUUUUUUCUUUUGGACUGAUGUAGACCUAACUAAAAUUGUUCAGGGGUUCCUAGAAGCCAAAGGGACAAUGAGAUCGGGUUCAUUUGGGUACACCUUCCCUUUUUGGAUUUGUACAGGGAGUUCCAUGUUUGCCCUCCAUCUUGGCACUCCUUGUAAGACCAGCACCUUGUAAUGUGGAUGGCCGGGCAUUAGAUGAGCGGGAGGGAGCACUCAUGUGGCCCCUGAUGCUUUGUGGGCAACCAGAGAAACUACAGGGACCUCUUCUUGGUCAAGAGAGCAACUAUUGCAAACAGAUGCUGCCACUUAAAAGGGAGAUGGUUUGGUGGCUGAAGCAGGGAGCACAAGAGAUCUAGAAGGUUCUUCUUUCACUGGGGUGAGGAUGGGCAGGUUGUUGAGCUGUGGGAUCUGACUUUAGGGAUGUCACUCUGGGAAGGGGAAAAGGAGUUCAGAUGCUUGUGUCAUCUUGAGACGAAUGUGCACCUGACUGACGGUGAAGACACUGCAUGGCCCAGGGAGCUUGCAUGGUGACUAUAGCCGGUACCCACCACCAGGGCAGCCGGAGUGCCUGGGAAGGUGAGAUAACGAACACCCAUCUGCUAGCAAGCCAGCCUUCUUCCCUGGAGGCUCCUGCCGUCUCCUGUGGGCACGCCACAUUACAUCUCCAAGCCUUCACCUUUCUUGUAGGUAAAUGGGGUUCAUGGGUUGCUACCUCAGAUCAUGCUCUCUAGGACAGAAGUAACCUGGUGCUUCCACCAUACUAAGUCAUUAUCAUUGCAGCUGGGUCUGCCCAGCCAUAGAGAGGAGUAUGUGCAUGGCUUCCUAUUUCCCACAGCCUGGCUAUCUGCUGGGACUCUAAAUAUGAAGACAGAGUGAGGUGUCUUUUUCUUCAGGCUCCUUGGAAACACUAAGAAAUCCAUGCCCUAACCUAGGGACACUUGGAAGCCACCAGCAGAACUACUGGAGACCCAUCUAUCAUUCUUAUAGACUUGUCAGGGAAAUAGAAAUCCAGGUGUUUCUUAUAGCAGGGUAUUUCUUGAAGACCCAGAAGCUCCAGUGUAUAAUAGGGCAUCUUCAAAGAAUAGGCAAUGUGUCUAAGACCUCAGUGAGGACUUGAUGGAGACAAGAACAAAACCCUUGUCUUCACUGCAGGGGAGGAGGGCCUGUGUCAGUUCAUUUACAUGUUCCCUAGUAGUCAAAAUCCACAUGCUGGCCAGUGGCCAAUUUAGCCUCUAGGGCAGUGGUUCUCAACCUGUAGGUUGCAACCUCUUUGAUGGUGGAGUGACCUUUUCUGAUAUGUGACAGAGAUCAUAUAUCAGAUAUCCUGCAUAUCAGAUAUUUCCAUUACAAUUCAAAACAGUAGUAAGAUAACAGCUAUGAAGUAGCAAUGAAAAUAACUUUAUGGCUGGGGGUCACAGCGCCAGGAACUGUAUUAAGGGGUCACGGCAUUAGGAAGGUUGAGAAGCACUGCUCUAGGGUGUUAUUCUAACUCUGGUCUAUCUCUAGUCUAGAGACAUCGGACAGAGCUUCUACCCUCAGAGACUGGGCUACAGUCACCACUGAAGGACAGCGUGAGGGGGAAGCAACCAGUAUGUCAGGGUUGUAUUGACAAAAGGACCCCAGGGCCUGAGGCUGAAGGGGAGCCUUGCUAGCUGAUGACAGCAUGAUGCCCUGUGCUUGGUGCAUUCUAUCCCUACGAGGAGAACGGGUGCUGGGCUGUCCAGAAAGGGUUAGGGGUAGAGGCGGAGGGAAGUGAGGCGCCCUCAUCAAGGUGACUGGCCUCUAACGGAGCAGUAUUGCUGUCAGCUAUUUUCCACACCAUUUCAAGGAGGGAUGGCCACUCUUCUUCCCGACACAUGCCAGGUGUCCACAUUCUUUUCUGUCACAAUAGUGUUUUUUUUAAAUUUCUUCUUUUUAAAAGAAGUAUGACGAAGACAACUUGGGAAGUUUGUCUUGGCUUUGAACAUUUUCUGUUAAAUCGUGCUGAGCAGAGAUGAGGUCACCGCACAGGUUUCUUGUAAUGGAAUAAAAAGUAAAGUGAUGUCCAGUGCCUACAGAGAAGAACAUUCUUGGAGGUGGGGAGACUCCAGGAACUUCUUCACUGGGAUGUGGACCAGAAAGACUUUGGGUUCGAGAUCCCUUACCCUCUUUUGCCUAUUGUGUGCACUGAUUGGAGGAUUUAGAUCCAAACACCCUCUUCUCGACCUCAUCAUGUUGGGGAAGGGGCUGGAAGGAGUUCACCUUGGAAGUCAGCUCCCGGAGACUCUAGACACUGUUGUUGGUAGAGUCCCUUCCCCUUUGGGCUUGCUUCUUUUGCAUUUUGUGUACUGCAGGAGGAUGAGAGGGUCUGGGGACUGGCUGAGUGUGUAUACUGUGUAUACAUGGGGGCUGGCUGCUGAGGUGACAGCAGCCUACUCCUAAUAAAGAUGGAUGUAUUUAAAACUUG